AUGAGUUCCGAUUCUCUGCGCGGUCCGGAAUGGACUGCGAAGCGUGUUCGGGAUACCUUUCUCGACUACUUCAAGAAGAAUGGCCAUACUUUCGGUAUCGCCACCGUCGCGCGCUCUAUCCUCCCCUCAUUCGCCUCGUCGCCGGUCGUCCCCCUCGCCGACCCGACCCUUCUCUUCACCAAUGCUGGAAUGAACCAGUUCAAGUCGAUCUUCCUCGGUACCGUUGAUCCCAACUCGGAUUUCGCAACCUUGAAGAGCGCGUGUAUUCGCGCUGGCGGAAAACAUAAUGACCUCGACGACGUCGGAAAAGAUGGAUAUCACCAUACCUUCUUCGAGAUGCUGGGCAACUGGUCUUUCGGCGAUUACUUCAAGAAAGAGGCAAUUCGGUACUCCUGGGAACUUCUCACCACCGUCUACGGUUUGGACCCUCAGCGCCUUUACGUGACAUACUUUGAAGGCCAUAAAGAAGGCGGCCUCGAACCCGACUUGGAAGCUAAAGAACUCUGGAAAGCUGUGGGUGUUCCUGAUGACCACAUCCUUCCCGGAAAUAUGAAAGACAACUUCUGGGAAAUGGGCGACCAAGGCCCCUGUGGACCGUGCAGUGAAGUCCAUUACGAUCGAAUUGGGGGCCGCAACGCUGCCCACCUGGUCAACAUGGAUGACCCCAAUGUCCUCGAGAUCUGGAACAACGUGUUCAUCCAGUACAACCGUGAAGCGGAUCGAUCUCUGAGACCCCUGCCCAACAAGCAUAUUGAUACUGGACUGGGCUUUGAGAGACUGGUUUCGAUUCUCCAGGACAAGUCCUCUAACUACGACACUGAUGUAUUUACCCCGCUGUUCGACGCCAUCCGCGAUAUUACCGGAGCCCGGGAAUACCAAGGACGCUUCGGAGCCGAUGACGUGGAUGGCAUCGACACUGCCUACCGUGUUGUUGCAGACCAUAUUCGGACCCUCAUGUUUGCAAUUUCCGAUGGUGUAAUGCCGAACAACGAUGGACGUGGCUACGUCAUUCGCCGGGUUCUGCGCCGGGGUGCCCGCUACGCUAGAAAAUACUUCCAGGUUGAGAUUGGCAGUUUCUUCUCCAAGCUUGUCCCGACUGUCGUUGACCAGCUGGGCGACAUGUUCCCGGAGCUGAAGAAGAAGCAGCAUGAUGUGAUGGAAAUCCUUGACGAGGAAGAAAUCUCUUUCUCUAAGACUCUGGAUCGCGGCGAACGUCAGUUCGAACAAUACGCCCAGAAGUCCAAGACAAAGGGAGAUGACAAACUCCAUGGUGCCGAUGUUUGGAGGCUCUACGACACCUUCGGGUUCCCAGUCGACCUCACUCGCCUGAUGGCGGAAGAGCGUGGCCUUCGCAUUGAUGACCUCGAGUUCGAAGAGGCCCGUUUGAGAGCCAAGGAAGCCAGCAAGGGCCAGAAGAAAGCCGCGGCUGAUGCAGUUAAGCUGGAUGUUCACGACCUCGGAAAGCUGGAGAAGAUGGAAGAUGUCCAUAAGACGGACGAUUCCGCCAAGUUCGGCAGGGAAAACAUCACGGCUCAGGUUAAGGCGAUCUACCACGGAAAGUCCUUCUGCACCUCGACAAGCGAGAUUACUGCCGGCGAGCAGCUCGGCAUCAUUCUUGACCGCACCAACUUCUAUGCUGAGCAGGGUGGUCAGGAAAAUGACACCGGUCGGAUCGUCAUUGAUGGCCAAGCCGAGCUGGAGGUUGGCGAUGUCCAGCUUUAUGGUGGAUAUGUACUCCACACCGGCUUCAUGAAGUAUGGCUCUUUCUCUGUGGGAGACAGCGUUAUUUGUGAAUAUGAUGAACUCCGUCGGUGGCCCAUUCGCAACAACCAUACCGGAACGCACAUCCUUAACUUUGCCUUGAGAGAGGUUCUUGGCGACGGCAUUGAACAGAAAGGUUCUCUUGUUGCCGCGGAGAAACUUCGGUUUGAUUUCUCGCACAAAUCUCCCCUCACGGAUGCUGAGUUGCAGAAGGUCGAGGACAUCUCGACAGAAUAUAUCCGGCAAAACUGUGCUGUUUACUCCCAAGAACUGCCUCUUGCGACUGCUCGGGAGAUCUCCGGAGUCAGGGCUGUCUUUGGUGAGACGUACCCUGACCCCGUGCGUGUGGUUUCCGUCGGCGUCGAGCUAGAGGAGAUCCUGAAGAAUGUCAGUGAUCCCCGCUGGGAGAAAGUGAGCAUCGAGUUCUGCGGUGGUACCCAUGUGCAAAAAACGGGCGACAUCAAGGAUCUCGUCGUCCUCGAAGAAAGCGGAAUCGCCAAGGGCAUUCGCCGUAUCAUCGCCGUGACUGGCGAAGAGGCUCAUGAGGUCCAGCGACUUGCCGCAGACUUUGAGAAGCGUCUGGCUAGUCUGGAAACGAUGCCGCUGGGCUCUGAGAAGGAGCAGGAGGCCAAGCAGAUUCAGGUUGAGCUUAACUCGCUCAUCGUAUCGGCGGUUCAAAAGUCGAAGUUCCGCGAGCGGUUUGCUCGCAUCAACAAGCAGAUCGUCGACGCUCAGAAGGCGCAACAGAAGCUCGAGUCGAAGAAGGCUCUUGACACUAUCAACUCGUAUUUCGCCGACGCCAGUAAUGAAGGAAAGUCUUGGCUCGUUGCCAAGUUGCCGAUUUCUGCCAACUCCAAGGCUAUCAGCGAAGCCAUCAACCACGUCAAGUCCAAGAUGCAGGACAAGUCGGUAUACGUUUUAGCUGCUGAUGCCGCAGCCGGCCGUGUUGCUCAUGGAUGUUACGUUUCGAAGGCGGCCACUGAGCAGGGCGCUUCUGCUAGCGAGUGGGCGACGGUUGUCUCCGGGGCUAUUGGAGGCAAGGCCGGAGGCAAAGGCCCUACGUCCAUUGGCAAUGGUGUCAACCCUGACAAGGUUGACGAAGCCGUUGAACUGGCCACUGACUAUCUCAGCAAGUUCAAACUAUAG